UUAUCGUUGUGUACGGUUAUCAAAUUUUAAAUUACAUAUAUCUAUUAUAUAAUAUGUAUUUAUAAAUUUGGUCAAUUCACUGUUUUUAUGAGACCGUUAACUAAAACAACUUUAAACAAGAUUUAAAAGCAUAAAAUUUCAUUUAUCAGUUACUAUAUAAUUAUUAUUAACUAACGUAGUAGAAUUAUUUCAUUGAACAUUUAGGUUAAGUUUGUGUUACAUAGUAAAAUUUUAUUUCUUUUCUAAGAAAUAAUGAAACAAAUAAACGCUAGUUAGUGAUAUUUAAGCCACCGUAAAUUUACUAAUUAUUAAUUUAAUAAUAUAACAUGAAAAACUUUACAUCAUUCCUUUUGUUGAUAUUAUUCAAUUAUAUACAGUGUGAUGAUAAUAAGUUAGUUGUCGAGAACUUUUUCAAAAAGGGGCAUACAAAUAAUUGGGCUGUGCUAGUUGAUACAUCAAGAUUUUGGUUCAAUUACCGACAUAUAGCCAAUGUAUUAUCCAUAUAUCACAGUGUUAAAAGACUGGGCAUUCCAGAUAGUCAGAUCAUUUUAAUGUUAGCAGAUGAUAUGGCAUGUAAUCCCAGAAAUCCUAGACCAGCUACAGUUUUUAAUAAUGCAAACCAACACAUAAAUGUAUAUGGUGAAGAUGUCGAAGUAGAUUUUAGGGGCUAUGAGGUUACAGUAGAGAAUUUUGUGAGACUGCUAGUAGGACGGUUUCCUGAAGAAUUUCCACAAUCAAAAAAGCUAAUGACUGAUGAAGGAAGCAAUAUUUUAGUAUAUUUGACUGGACAUGGUGGUGACGGGUUUUUAAAGUUCCAAGAUUCUGAGGAGAUAACUAAUCAAGAAUUGGCUGAUGCAUUUGAACAAAUGUGGCAAAAGCGCAGAUACAAUGAAAUCCUAUUUAUGAUAGACACUUGUCAAGCAGCAUCAAUGUAUGAAAGGUUUUAUUCUCCAAAUAUAUUUGCAAUCGCAAGUAGCUUGGUAGGAGAGGAUUCUUUAUCUCAUCAUGUAGACUCUUCUAUAGGGGUGUAUAUUAUUGAUAGAUAUACUUACUAUGUUCUUGAUUUUCUUGAAAAAAUUCAUAUGGAUAGUAAAAACACUUUAGCAGAAUUUUUGAAAAUCUGCCCCAAAAAGCAGUGCAUCUCUACUGUUGGUCAUCGUUCAGAUCUGUUUAGAAGGGAUAUCAGUAAAGUUCCUGUUACAGAUUUUUUUGGUUCUGUCAGACCCAUUAGUCUACUUUGGGAUACUUUCAAUGGAACCAUUAGUAUCAUAAAAGAAAAGAAACUAAAAAUAGAAAAGUUAAAAACUGCAAAAAAGUAUUAUUAUGUUCCAUCCCUAGAUUCAUUUUAA